UCCUUCCUGGGAUAUCUGCCGACCUCAUGGAAGCAAAAACUCUUGGAAUUGCAACACCCAGAAAACCUGUCUUGUCUGUCAGUGCAAGAAAAAUUAAGGACAAUGCAGCUGACUGGCAUAAUUUAAUCCUGAAAUGGGAACGCCUCAGUGAUGCAGGUUUUACUACUGCAAGCAGCAUUGCGAAUCUGAAAAUCAGCUUAUUGAGUAAAGACAAGAUAGAAUUAGAGAACAACAGGCCAGCUUCCAAUGAAAAUGACGAAAAGACAUACCCAGAAUAUGACACAGAACUUGAGACACUAUGUGAGGAACUUCAGGCCACCUUGGAUGGUUUGUCUAAAAUACAGGUGAAAAUGGAGAAGCUGUCUUCAACUACCAAGGGAAUUUGUGAAUUAGAAAAUUACCAUUAUGGGGAGGAGAGUAAACAGCCCCCUCUGUUUCACACGUGGCCCACCACCCAUUUUUACGAGGUUUCCUGCCAGCUCUCUAACAUGUACAGGAAGGAGCUCCUCCUGAAGCGCACCGUGGGUGCAGAGCUGGCGCACGCGGUGGAUCGAAACCUCAUCCUGAGCUACCUGUCCAUGUGGCUGCACCAGCCCUACAUAGAGAGUGACAGCAAGCUGCACCUGGAGAGCAUGCUGCUGGAAACAGGCCACCGGCCAUUGUGACUCCCCAGACACGGUGGCCCAUGGGUGUACCCUCCAGGCUUCUUCCCUGACCCCCAGGUGGACAGUCCCCUGAGUAGGACAUACUGGUGAUCCAGAAUGAUUUCAGCAGCCCCUUUGGCCUCUCCAGGCCUGCCUGCCACUGAAGCAGCUUUGCCCCCUGUGCCUCACCACACCCAAAGCUGUUGUUAGCACCUCUGAGUGAAAUGCAUGAGCUCCUUAAUAGAACUCAGGGACAUGGGUUUUGUAACAUAAGUUACUUUACAUAUUAAUUUGUGUAGAAAACCCCUAGUUUCAUAUUUUUUUUACUUUAGAUCUACAUUUAGCAUUUUUGUUUUUGUUUUGUUUAUUUUUAUUUUGUGGUGCUGGUGAUG